AUGAGAAGAGUUCACCCCCAACGCGCCAAACCAUCUGCUCAGAGUUCGAACACCAACAACAACCCUUCUUCGGGCGGGGCUGACAAGACCAACGUCAACCACGAGGUCAAAGCAUGGACCACCCACUCAGAACUCCACAAGCGCUACACCACCGACAACAGCAACACCACUCUUGACCAAGCAGUCAGUCAUGCGCGACUAAGCUCUAUCAGCAACUCGUCUGCCACUAAUACUGCCAAGAAGCCAUUUAUGUUCAGCUCGUCGUCCAUGAUGCGACACAGCCAGGAACACGAAUCUGACGCCACCAACCUGCGACAGAAUGGCAAGCUUUCUCUCGCUAGCAGAAGCAAGGACAAGGACAAGAGCGACAGUGGAGAUGGAGGGACUGGUGACCAAGAUCGAGGCAGGGUGGGAAACAGACCCUCCAUUGUCAUCGGCAAUGAUGAUGACGACGACGAUGACGACUUUGAGCUUCCCUCAAUCGACGAGCUUUUUACAGACGUCCUACCCAGGAAGUUUCGUCGAGUGGACAGCUCUACAGACAGUGACACGACGAGCGACCGCACCCACACCCACCAAGCUCAAAUCAAGGACAAGACCCCUCUCCACAAUCACUCGCACUCUGAUAUGAGAAAAGGCAAGCAAGCCGCAGCAUCCGAGGAUGAUCAAUGGUUGAUGUCAGAGCUUCAAGUCAACGAGAAUAUUGAUCUCUUUUCGCCAUCACCCUCAAGCGAGAACGACAACCAACCAAUCCAGAAGAUGCCGUCAACAAUGUCGACCCGGUCCGUCGUCUCUCAAACCCGCCACACACUCAACGAGAUUGACCAACUCUUCAUGGACGAGUCUCUGACACGUAGCCCUUCGACGCGUCUACAGACGCCUUUCGGCGACCAGGGGUUGAGCGAACAAGGAUCGUCUACACUUCAUGUCAGAGCGACUGGCAUAUAUUCGCCUGAUCAGGAUAUGAACGAGCCAGGCGCUGAUGAGGUCGUCUUGUUCGAGGAUCUUCCGCCGGAGGAUCCAGAUGUGACGAUCGGGGGCGACAGUCAAGUUCUCGGGCAGAGAAGGGCAGGCGAAAAGGUUCACGACGAGCCUCGAGAUGAACUAGGUGUUGGUCAAGGCGCGACGGUCGGUGAUGAACAAGCUACGAGCACCAUCGAACAAGCGACUGAGGAGUCUGGCAGUCGCAAGCAGACCCAGACCUUCACCCUACCCCAUUCUUCCGAUGCAUUCAGGGACCGUCUUACAAAGCUGAGGAGCAUCUUCCAGAGCUCCAUGGACGAGAUGAUGGAUGCUAUUCUGUACGUUGUCAAGGGCUAA